AUGAUUCACUGUGUACUUCUCUCCACUCUCCUUUUUCUGACUCUCUUACCCCCAGCGAGAGGUGGUUUGGGUGCUUCUGAAACCACUUGUCUAAAUCUGUCGGGCAUCUGCAGAAGAGACAUCUGCAAAAGAACAGAGGAUACAAUUGGCGCCUGCCGCAGAAGGUGGAAAUGCUGCAGAGCCUGGUGGAUACUGCUACCAAUCCCCACACCGGUUGUGUAUUCGGAAUACCAAGCACCUCUUCGUGCUAAAGUGAAAUGA